GAGAGAGAGAGAGAGAGAGAGAGUGGAGAAAGAGAGAGACAGGGUUCAAUGCACUGAAAAAGCAGUCACUCCAGGAAUCACAUUGUAAUCCAUCACACCUAUUUUUUCCAGGACAAGUACAUGUGAGCAGUGUGCACAUUGACAGAUGAUAGUAGCCUAAAAAGCCUUGUGAGACCAGCUGCUUGAUUUUUGAGGGUGGAUAUCAGUGUGUUGGCCAACAGUCCGCUGGAGAAACAGGUGUUGCCAUGGAAACUAUUCUGCUCUUCCUCUCUUCACUCCUGGUGUGUGUGGCUGCUGUGGCAGACCCCAGUGCACAGGAUGGCAAGGAGACAGUUGAAAACCCUUUUAUUUACGACUAUGAGAGCCUGAGGAUCGGGGGAUUGGUGUUGGCCGUAGUGCUGUUCACACUUGGCAUUCUUCUCAUUCUUAGUCGAAGAUGCCGCUGCAGUAUCAACCAGAAGCUCAGGCCCCCUGGAGAUGAGGAGGCACAGGAUGAGAACCAGAUUGUCUCCACGGCUACACCGGCCGUCAAAGAGACUCCAGCAGAAAACUGAGGCAACUCCACCUGACUGAGCUGCCUUCUGAUGAGAUGAUCGGUUUUAUUUGAUAUGAAUCCACUAUAACACUGAUGAAAUGGAUGAAUGUGAUAACUGGUUAUAUGAUAGGGUUAGAGGAAGUAUACGUUUAGAGGUGUCAUAUGUAAAUAAAUCUUAAAGACAAACCUUUAGCCCCCAUGCUUCAUUGUGACCGUGCUAGUCCCUCAGUGCUCUUGUCUGUUCCUGUGCCUUUCUGUGAAAGUCUCCCAGUCCAGUUCUCUGUUUUAGCCAGUAGCACCUUGGACACAAGAUUGUCUUUAAAGCCCUAGAAGAUAUCUAAAUGUUGUGUGGUCUACUGUUAAUUGUUUUGUACUCCUAUUUAUUGCCUUUAGGUUAUAGGAAUUGUCAAUUUGUUGUGUAUUUGUUUAUUUGUCCUGGAUAAUGUUUGUCACUAUUCGAUAUGUUGUAAAACAUGCAUAUAAACUGUAUAAGUAUAUAUGAUUAUAUACACAGAUAGUGUACAGAUACAGUCUGAUAUCCUUAAUUUAGGUCUGCGUUUGAAAGAUUGUGUGUGUUUGCAUUCACAUAUGUGUGUGCAUAUGCUGAAAAUAUAUGACUUUGUAUAUCACAAGUGCAUGUGUAUCUCUACAUGUAAAUGUGAUGAGCCUUAUAUAAGACAAUCUUUACUGCCACAGCUCUCUGACUGAGCACAGGUAUCAGCAUGAGCUCCUUCACCGCUAUGUUUUAUAGUGGAGGGAGCUCCUGCAUCAGCUGUCUCACUGCCUUCUUCACCACACAUUCACUUAACUGCACCGCCACUGGCUCCGCUGGGAUUAACUAGUCUCCAGCAGACUAUGAUUAGUUUAGCCCUUACACAUUUGCUAGUAUCGCAAAGCUAUGAAGCCUUGGUCUCUUUCUUUUAUCUUUCAUUAUGUUUAUUAAAUUGCUUGCUCGGGAUCUGUGAUGCUUUUAGGGAGCCACACAUGUAGUACAUUUUUGACAAAAGAGAGAGGGAAGUUUUGGUGCUGAGUUUGAGAGAAGUGAAAUUAAAAUUGACAUUUUUUGUGUGCAAUACUACAUUGAUAGUAUCCUUAGCCAAAUCAAAGCGAAAGAACAAAUGAGCAAUCCUUGUUGUGAAUCUCCCGUAAUGUUCAGGCUUUCAUCAAUCUUUCAUCGGAAUAUUCAAAGAUGAAGGCUUUACAACUAAAUGCUUUGUUCAUUUUGUGUGUGAGGCCUUGUGUACCCACAUGUUGUGUUUUGGCAUAAAUAAAUAAAUAAAA